AUGGUGAAACGACAUAAAAACACGAUCGGUCUAUGGCGUCUGGGUAAAACUUUGGGAACUGGUUCAACCAGCUGUGUUCGCCUAGCCAAACAUGUGAAAACUGGAAAUUUGGCGGCAGUCAAAAUUCUUCCUAUCAAAGAUGUAUCGGUAGGAAUGGAAAUUUUGAUGAUGCGUCUUUUGCACCAUCCCAAUAUUCUGCAGUUGUAUGAUGUCUGGACUGACCAUCAAAACAUGUAUUUAGCUUUAGAGUAUGUUCCCGGUGGGGAACUGUUUGACUACGUUCGCAAGCAUGGUGCUUUGUCAGAAAAGGAUGUAGCCCAUUAUAUGGUACAACUCUUAGACGCGCUUUCUCACUGCCACCAAUUUCGAUUUCGACAUCGUGAUUUGAAAUUAGAGAACAUCCUUAUCAACCCGUAUGAGCGUGUUCUUAAAAUCGCCGAUUUCGGAAUGGCUACGGUCGAACCCGAUAAUUCUUACCUUACAAACUUUUGUGGAUCUUUGCAUUAUUUAGCUCCAGAAGUUGUCUCCCAUACGCCUUAUGAAGGUGCUCCCGCCGAUAUAUGGUCUUGUGGUGUAAUUUUUUAUGCUUUGCUUUCUAACAAGUUACCUUUUGGGGGCAGCUCCACAGGCACUGUUUAUGACAAAAUAUUAAAUGGAGCUUACGAUUUGCCGUGUUCAUGUUCUACAGCAGCUCAAGACUUAUUACAUAAAAUGUUGAAUGUGAAUCCUUCAACCCGCAUCACGAUUCCCGAAAUACUUAACCAUCCUUAUAUUCAGUCAAACUUAGAGCAGCCCAACGAAACGCUACUGCCAAAGUCCUCUUUACCUUAUUCAAGUCUUGAUGUUGAUCCUUUAGUAGUUGAUUGUAUGUGCCUUUUAUGGAGGAAAUCGUCUUCCAAAAGCAUAGUCACAAAGUUGCAAUUGUAUGAAGAUAAUGACGAGAAAAGAGUAUACCGUGCUUUGUCAAAGUGCCUCCAAGACGAUAUACGCAAAAAGAAACUUUUCGAUAAAAACAAGUAUCUAAGCUUGUAUGAUAUCAUUCAUGAUAAAAGCCUUUUCAAGAAAAAUAAUGGAACAAGUCAAGAAAAUAUCACUAAUGAGGGUGAGAGGGAUGAUUUUUGUGUCGAAAGCACCAUGAACAGAGUUGAUGAAAUUGCCCCAUUUUACCCUUCCUUCAAUUCCUGUCGAGGAAACGAAGAACAACAUAAGCGUCCUGGCUUUAUGCAUGUUGAGGAUGAGUCAAAUCUUAUGUUAAAAAAUGUCACUCCGAAUUACGAUUUUGAUCCCAAUUUAACUUCUGACCCGAUUGGAGUACGGGUGCUUUCCAUCUCGCCUUUCGACCAGGAAGACUAUUUCCCGUAUAAUCGUUAUGGCUAUACCCGUAUAUUCCCAAACAUCACCUUUUAUAGCGGAACUGUUGGUUACGAAACGCCUAGCCCAAUCUCCACCCCCGACUCUUCUCUUGAUCUUGUGCCAGCUACAGAUGAUCCGAGUAUUGCACCAGUUUUUAGUACAUCAAUAAGAACACCUAGGAGACCUAAUUCACUGUCAACGCAGGGCAAGCGACAAAUUACCUCUGCAAACGGUCGUUCAGCUUCUGUUCCACUCUAUACUUCACGAACUUGUACCCAGCGUUGCGCAUCAAGUAAUGCACAACUUGCUCAUUCGUCGGGAAGGAGUAACAGUAACUCUAUGUUCCGCAAGAUUUCUUCCCUUUUUUCUCCUCAAAAGAAACCCUACUCAGUGAAUUAUUAA